GUCGUGGGUUGUUGGGGUCUGCGUCGUUCGUAGUAAUUAUCGGAUUUUUGUUACAUUUUAACAAAAAAUGUCGGAUUCUGAUGAUGAUUACAGCUCAUCGGAUGAUGCAGAUUACAUCCCCUCUGAUGGAGAUUUGAGUGAAGAUGAUAAUGAUGAAGGAAUACCAGAGGACGAUGACACAAGUAAGAGUGGAAAGAAAACAAAACACAGCAAAAAGAAGAAUGAUACCAUGAGAAAAAGAAAAGGUGGAAUUAAACUUGAAAAUGAGGAUGAUGAAGAGCUAGCAAAAGAACAUGAAGAAGAAGAGAAACGGAAACAAGAAUUGUCAGAGGAGAUGAAAAAGGAACUUGAAAAAAAGAAAGAGGAAGAAGAAAAAAAAAGAGUAGACAGUUUAUGGUCUAGUUUCCUGCAGGAUGUAACUCCUCCUGUUAAAGCCAAACCUAAAACUAGUGCCAUCACAUCAUCUGUUAAACAGGAUUCAGUUGGUAGUUCAUCUGAAAGUGAAAAGAAAAAAAUUGAAAGCAAAGUUGAAAAAGUAAAGGUUACAAAAGUGUUUGAUUUUGCGGGAGAGGAAGUAAAGAUGAUGUGCUCUGUUGGUGUACAAAUUGAGACCCACUGUGAUGAUAUGAAAGGUCAUGUUUUCCUAUGGCUUUAGUUAUUUAACUAAUCAGCACCGUAUUCUAUGUAUUCAAUAUCAAGCAAUUUAUACAAUUAAAUAAUUGUUGUGUAUAGACAUGUACUUAAAUUCACCUAGGUCAUUGAUGAUUACGACACAUUUUUUGGUAAUUUUCUAAUUGCGUCCCUGUUGAGAAGAACUGGUGAUCUACUGCUCUACGGAGCCUGUCAACACACUUGUCAUAAAUUAAGGGUCAUGCCAAUUCAUUUUCAAGGAGAGGGAGGAAAUUGAUUAUGUACCUGAUAUAUUUAAAAAAAACUUGCAAACAAGAUAUGUGUUAUAGUGUGGACAUGAAUCUAUUCAGUUGCUGCAUAGGUAAGAACAGAUAUAAUGUAGGGUUAGGUGCAUCCUCAAUCAACUGGUCUAUCCCUAAUUGUCAUUUUCCCUUUACCAUCUUGUGUAAGAUCAAUUAUGUAAUGAAUACAUAAUUCAAUACA